UUCUUAGAAAACCAUGACGACAACAAAGGGGCAGAAGAAAUCGAAGAACCCGUCGCGAAAGUCGAAAAAGGACGCGGUUUCCCUAACGAUAAAUGACGAAAAAGCCCCUCUCUUGAUGCCGAAGAAUAAGGCGGCAGAAGAAGAGCAUCAAGAAUUCAACGGGGCUUCGUUCACCGGAGCGGUUUUCAACUUGUCGACCACCAUUAUUGGUGCCGGGAUAAUGGCUUUGCCGGCAACUAUGAAAGUGUUGGGGCUCGGGCUUGGAAUUGCGGCCAUAGUGUUUGUUGCGGUCCUAACGGAAUAUUCCGUCGGGUUGUUGUUGAGGUUUAGUAAAGCGGGUGGGGCCCGCUCUUACGGGGGCGUUAUGGGGGGCGCGUUUGGGGUCGGGGGUAAAAGGGUCUUGCAAGUUUGUGUGGCGAUCAAUAAUAUUGGUGUGCUUGUUGUUUACAUGAUCAUAAUUGGUGAUGUGUUAUCUGGAUCAACUGCAAAUGGGGUUCAUCAUGCUGGUGUAUUGGAGGGGUGGUUUGGGGAACAAUGGUGGAAUAAGCGUUUCUUUGUUCUUGUUUUGACAACUCUUUGUGUCUUUACUCCGUUGGCCUGUCUCAAACGCAUCGAUUCAUUGAGACACACAUCUGCACUGGCAGUAUUUCUUGCAUUCGUCUUCCUCUUCAUCACAGCCGGCAUCUUCACCGUAAAAUGGCUAAACGGAACCACCACAAUGCCAAGAUUUCUCCCAAACGCCGCCGCGACCGACAUCAACUCAAUCUGGCAACUCUUCACCGUCGUCCCCGUUCUCGUCACAGCAUACGUCUGCCAUUUCAACGUGCACAGCAUAGAAAACGAGCUGGAAGAUCCAUCGAGAAUAAAAUCAGUGGUCAGAACUUCAUUAACACUUUGCUCAAUUACUUACAUAAUGACCAGUUUCUUCGGCUACCUUCUAUUUGGGGAUUCAACCCUAGACGAUGUUUUAUCCAAUUUCGACACGAAUCUCGGAAUCCCGUUCAGUUCUCAGCUAAACGACGCCGUACGUGUCAGCUACGCGCUUCACCUGAUGCUUGUUUUUCCGGUGAUAUUUUUCCCCCUUCGCCAGAAUUUGGAUGGGCUUAUUUUUCCAUCUUUGCCCUCGUUAGCUACGGAUAAUUUGAGGUUUGGGAUGCUGACAGCUGGGCUGAUUUCUGUUGUAUUUUUGGGUGCGAAUUUUAUUCCGAGUAUCUGGGACGCCUUUCAGUUCACCGGUGCUACUGCUGCUGUUUGCAUUGGAUUCAUUUUCCCUGCUUCCAUUGUUUUAAGAGAUGCUGAAGGGAUAAGUGGUACGAAGGACAAGAUAUUGGCGGUGUUCAUGGUUGGUUUGGCCGUGUUCGCAAAUUCGGUGGCUAUUUACAGCGACGCUUACGCUAUUUUCAGGAAAAACGUUUCACCUUCUCGCUAAAUCAAUGGGAAAUGUAUUGUAUUUAUUUUAUUUUAUGUUUGCUUAAUUAUUUAGUGAUUUGUUCUUCUUGUAAGAAAACCACAUUUUCCACGAAAUUGAAUGUUGACACAAUUUGCACCCUCCACUUGAGGAGGGAAAUGAUUUGUGUGUCAAUUUUGUGAUUAAAUAUAAACAUUACAUAUAUUUUGAUUGUAUCUUGCCGACAAACGAUGAUGAUUGAUUAAGUCGCGCUGUAGUUUACGAUAUUGUUAAGUGUAUAUUUUAACACUUUA